AUGCAAGAGUCAAGUAGCGAUAAUAUGAUUUCAAUGUUGACUCUUAAGACAAUUACACGAGGGAUUUGCAAUCAGGCACGUUUUAAGUCUACUGUGCUGCUCAAAUUCUUUACCAAAGCAAAUUGUAUGUUGUGUACCAAUGCCAACGAAAUUCUUCAACAGGCAAUAUCAUCACCAACAGUGGAUCAAAUAAAUUUGGACCUUACAAAAAUAGACAUAAUGGAUCCUAAGAAUAAAGAAUGGUUUGAUAAAUACUGCUAUGACGCCCCAGUGCUUCAUAUAGAGCUGCCUCAGGAUAAAGUCUUGAAGAAGCACAUGCAUUACUUUGACAAAAAGCAACUCGUCAAAGAUUUCCAAGAGUUGGAAUCUAGAAAUGAAAGCACGUAG